CAGGACUUGAUAAAGCUGAGAAUGUCAGAAACCUCCACGGCCACUUUUGGGGGCAGGAGAGCAGUGCCACCCAACAACUCCAAUGCUGAGGAAGAUGACCUCCCUACGGUGGAGCUGCAGGGCCUGACGCCCCGGGGUUUCAACCCGGAAGACUACCUUAAUGUCACAAGUGUUCACCUGUUCAAGGAGAGAUGGGAUUCCAACAAGAUAGAUCACCACACUGACAAGUAUGACAAUAGCAACCUGAUUGUACGCAGAGGGCAGUCUUUCUAUGUCCAGAUUGACUUCAAUCGUCCAUAUGACCCCAGGAAGGAUCUUUUCCGGGUGGAAUACGUCAUUGGUCGCUACCCUCAAGAGAACAAGGGAACAUACAUCCCAGUGCCUGUAGUCCCAGAGCUACAAAGUGGAAAGUGGGGAGCCAAAGUUGUGAUGAGAGAGGACAGGUCUGUCCGGCUGUCCAUCCAAUCUUCCCCUGAAUGCAUUGUGGGGAAAUUCCGCAUGUACGUUGCUGUUUGGACCCCCUACGGUAUACUCCGAACCAGGCGAAACCCAGAAACAGACACUUACAUUCUCUUCAAUCCUUGGUGUGAAGAGGAUGCUGUGUAUCUGGACAAUGAGAAAGAAAGAGAAGAGUAUGUUCUGAAUGACAUCGGGGUGAUUUUUUAUGGAGAUGUCAAUGACACCAAGAGUAGAAGCUGGAGCUAUGGUCAGUUUGAAGAUGGCAUCCUGGACGCUUGCCUGUAUGUGAUGGACAGAGCACAGAUGGACCUUUCUGGGAGAGGGAAUCCCAUCAAAGUCAGCCGUGUUGGGUCUGCGAUGAUUAAUGCCAAAGAUGAUGAAGGUGUCCUCGUUGGAUCCUGGGACAAUAUCUAUGCCUAUGGCGUCCCUCCAUCAGCCUGGACCGGAAGUGUUGACAUUCUCUCGGAAUAUAAGAGUUCUGCAAAUCCAGUCCGGUAUGGCCAAUGCUGGGUUUUUGCUGGUGUCUUUAAUACAUUUUUACGAUGCCUUGGAAUACCAGCAAGAGUUGUUACCAAUUAUUUCUCAGCCCACGACAAUGAUGCCAAUUUGCAAUUGGAUAUCUUCCUGGAAGAAAAUGGGAAGGUGAAUUCCAAACUCACCAAGGACUCAGUGUGGAACUACCAUUGCUGGAAUGAAGCGUGGAUGACAAGGCCCGACCUUCCUGUUGGAUUUGGAGGCUGGCAAGUUGUGGACAGCACCCCUCAGGAAAACAGCGAUGGCAUGUAUCGGUGUGGUCCCGCCUCCGUUCAAGCCAUCAAGCAUGGCCAUGUCUGCUUCCAGUUUGAUGCUCCCUUUGUUUUUGCAGAGGUCAACAGUGACCUUGUCUACAUCACAGCUAAGAAAGAUGGCACACAUGUGGUGGAAACUGUGGAUGCCACCCACAUUGGAAAAUUAAUUGUGACCAAAGAAAUCGAAGGAGACGGCAUGAAGGAUAUUACUGAUACUUACAAAUUCCAAGAAGGUCAAGAAGAAGAGAGAUUGGCCCUAGAAACUGCCCUGAUGUAUGGAGCUAAAAAGCCUCUCAACACAGAAGGUGUCGUCAAAUCCAGGUCUGACGUAGACAUGGACUUUGAAGUGGAAAAUGCUGUGCUGGGAAAAGACUUCAAGCUCACCAUUACCUUCCAGAACAACAGCCCCAACCGUUACACCAUCUCAGCCUAUCUCUCAGGCAACAUCGUCUUCUACACCGGGGUCUCAAAGGAGGAGUUCAAGAAGGAGACGUUCACUGUGACGCUGCAGCCCUUGUCCUUCAAGAAAGAGGAGGUCCCGAUCCUAGCCGGCGAGUACAUGGGCCAGCUGCUGGAACAAGCGUCCCUGCACUUCUUUGUUACAGCUCGCAUCAAUGAGACCAAGGAUGUCCUGGCCAAGCAGAAGACCACUGUGCUGACAAUCCCCACGGUUGUCAUCAAGGUCCGUGGUGCUAAGGUAGUUGGUUCUGAAAUGGUUGUGACAGUUGAGUUCACCAAUCCAUUAAAAGAAACUCUGCAAAAUGUCUGGCUCUACCUGGAUGGUCCUGGAAUAUUGAGACCAAGGAGGAGGAUGUUCCGUGAAAUCCGGCCCAAUACCACCGUGCAAUGGGAAGAAGUAUGUCGACCUUGGGUCUCUGGUCCUCGAAAGCUGAUAGCCAGCAUGACCAGUGACACCUUGAGACAUGUGUACGGCGAGCUGGACUUGCACAUUCAAAGACGACCUUCUGUGUAGAUGCAAAGGAGGCCAAGGCAGAUGCAGGCACCCAGCUUCCUGUAGUUGUGGCUAAGAAAAUGCUAAUGCAAAAAUAAUCAGCUCUUGCUUUAACUUAGGUGUCAAGACCCAGACAGACUAGAGAGUGCUGACACCACAUAUUUCAAAUAUACACUUUUCAAAACCUGGGCUAUUCAGUGCGGAAGUUAGUUUUUAGUGGCUCCACCUUCCAAAAGAUUCUGAGCAUUAGCUUUAACUAAGCUCUAAUUAAGCUUUCAUAGCUCGUAAGAGUAAAAGUCAUCAUUUAUCAUCAUGAUGGCUGCAGCUCCAAAUAUCAGGGGUCCCCUAGCAGGAGGAUUUUAUUGAUACCAAAACUUGUGAU